AUGGCAAAGCCAAACGGCGGAGCGGGCUGCGAAAGCGCGCAGCACCCAGCUCCCACAACAGCGGGUGCGCAGAUUGCCCACAACACCUUGUCCUCAUAG